AUGGCCGAAGCUAUCCCCAUCGCCAGCGUCAAGAACGAGAACGAGUCCCCACUCGACGUGUUCGGUGAACAGCCAGGCCUCUACAACCUCUACACCCAAAUAUGCCUGUGCUUUCCCGUGCAGGAUUCCUCGUCGCACUCGGACAUUAUCGCAACACUGACCAGUAGCCUGGUGCGACUGUCGGCCAGUUUCCCGUGGAUAGCGGGCCAGGUGGUCAACGAAGGAGGGCCCACGGGCACCUACAAGAUCGUUCCGUUCGAGCAGAUUCCGCGCCUGGUCAUCAAAGAUCUCCAGGCUGACCCCGCAAUCCCGUCCAUGGACGCGAUGAGGAGGGCCGGGUUCCCUAUGAGCAUGCUGGAUGAGAACAUCAUUUGCCCGCGCAACACACUCGCCGCCAUGACCGCCGCAGAGGGCGACCCGGCACCCGUGUUUCUCGUGCAGGCCAACUUCAUCACCGGCGGGCUGCUGCUCACAUUCACCGGCCAACACAAUGUCAUGGACAUGACCGGGCAGGGCCAGAUCAUCCGUCUCCUCUCCAAUGCCCGUCACAAUGUCCCGUUCACAGGCGACGAGCUGGCCAACGGGAAUCCAGACCGCCGCAGCAUCAUUCCUCCGCUCGACGACGCAUUUGACCCGGUAACUGAGCUCGCCAGGAUGCUUGUACACUCGCAUCUUCCCAGGGAUGAGGACUCAUCCUCGCCAGCAACACCUCUACCCAGCCCUCCGCCUGCUCCUCCGAAAAGCUCGUGGGCGUACUUUAUAUUUUCACCUACUUCGCUAGCGGCCUUGAAGUCUCUCGCCACUGAGUCUAUGGUCCCCCAGUUAGGCUACAUCUCGACAGACGACGCGGUCAGUGCCUUCAUCUGGCAGUCCAUCACACGAGCCAGGCUGCCACGCUUAGAUAGCCGACGAGCGACCACCUUUGCCCGAGCUAUCGACCCACGGCGCUUUCUAGGUAUACCAGACGGAUACGUAGGCGUGGUGCAGAACAUGACAUACCACACCUAUGUAUUGCAGAAGCUGGUCCACGAACCGCUUGGUAGCGUAGCAUCGAACUUGCGGGCGGCAUUGAACCCUGCAUCCUCACGAGUGGCCUACAACACCCGCGCGCUGGCAACCUUCUUACAGCGGUCUGCGGACAACCGGCGCAUUGUCUCGGUCACGGCGACUCUCGAUCUAAGCUCGGACAUUAUGCUCAGCUCAUGGGCGAAAGAGAAGCUUUACCAGCCCGACUUCAACCUGGGCCUGGGCGGACCCGAGGUGGUGCGGAGACCAGCCUUUGCUCCGGUUGAGAGUCUGCUAUAUCUCAUGCCUAAAGCUUUAGAUGGCGAGAUAGCCGCAGCUGUUUGUUUAAGGGACGAAGACAUGGAGAGAUUGAAGGCAGACGAACAGUUCACCAAGUACGCACAGUACAUUGGAUGA